AUUCUUCCGCUCGCCUCAUUACAUCAAUCACGCGCAUUGCAAAAUAAUCCACCAACCGUUACGAGCUCAAUGUGGAAAUUAUAACCGAAAAAAAAAAAUAGUCUCUAAUACACAACGGCCCUAGGUCAAUUUGGUACCGCUCAUACACGCUUCGGUAGACAUUUCAGACGCUAAUUUAGGCAGUUUGUAUUUUAAUUUAAAAGAUUGGCCACCUGUCCGAUCCAAUCCGCUAGUUUGCGGUCACCUGCCAUGAGAGAGCGGACCCUAUUGGUCGGUGGUCGACAGGUGACUCAUAAGGACGCUUAGACACGUGUGUGUGUGUGCGUGCGCCUUGUUGUGUGAGCUCUUGUGUGUGUUCGCGGGCCACAUUCUUGAACGGGAAAUGUGUUCUCGGUGAUUACCCCCUUUAGCUGUUCCGUCCAGCGAUGUAUUUCUUUUAACUAGCCACAACAAGUUGUCAGCUGACUUGCAACUAUUUGUUUGGACUCUGCCUGCAAGGGUGGCUGCUGAAAGUUCGGUGCCAGGAAUGUGUCAGCAAAUCACCUGGACACAUCUACCUUUGUUCCUGUCUGAUAAGCCCUAAAAAAAAAGUUCACACGCUGAUCUGCAAUGUCGUUUACCUCGAAAGAAGCCAAUCGUCUGAACGGGACUUUCGACUACAACAAAUAUGACGUGGAGGAUCUCCUCUUCAAGGUUCUUGUCGUCGGGGAGUUUGGAGUCGGAAAGACCUCCCUGAUACGGCGCUACACUGAAGGAGUGUUUAAUCAGGCCUACAAGAUCACAAUUGGGGUGGACUUCUCCUUGAAGCACAUUGUUUACGACAACAAGAAACACAUCACUCUUCAGCUAUGGGACAUUGCCGGUCAUGAGCGUUUUGGCUGUAUGACACGGGUAUACUACAAAUAUGCCACUGCAGCAAUAGUGGUGUACGACCUGUCGAGGCCGACCACCUUGCAUUCUGUGUUGAAGUGGAAGGCGGACCUGACGGAGAAGGUGGAGCAGCAGAAUGGUCACCCGAUCCCCGUGGUUCUGGUGGCCAACAAGUGCGACCUGGAGGGAAGCACCAUCAAUGCCCGCUUCCUCACCAACUUCUGCCAGGAGCACGGCUUUGUCGGCUGGUUCUUCACCUCCGCCAAGGAGAACAUCAACAUCAACGAGUCCAUCAACUCUCUCGUGGAGCACAUUCUGACCCUGCAGGAAGAGAACCUGUGGCGCUCGAGCAGCCUGUCCUCGCGCGACCUGUCCGUGAAGCGUCUCACACGCGCACCGUCCAAGAAGCGAUCCUCUUGCUGCCGUUGAGCUCACCGACGGAAGCUUCGACCCCGUUGUCGUUUGGGUGCCCCUGGACUUUCGACGUCGUCAUCGCGCUCGUUCGUGCGCGGCGACCGUUUGUGACGUCUACUUUGUAACUGCCUCGCACGACGGUCGACCUCACAAAUGUGCCGGUGGCUUGCAGGAAGUCGUAUUACGAGCGGAGGGGGUGAAGUACCGCAAGGCGGUGUGAGCAAUGCCUUCUUUCAGAAGCCCCAACGAUGCAUCACGUCGCUCGGCGUUUCACUCUCUUUGUGUGACCCAAAAUGGCACGUCCCUCGAGGUUUGGUCCAAAAACUUUAGUAUUUCGUGUCGCCCCACUGCCAGAGAAAGUUGCGUUUGCCGCCGAGGGCCGUUGAUCGCGGCGGCUUCUCUGUUUUGCUAGCACGUUUUCAGCUUGUUGACAGAAAGUUCUUGUUGCGCGUUUUGUUGUCUGCCGUCUUUUGAACGAAUGUGAAUUUUUCUAUUCUAAUUUCUUGACUCGUGUGUGUGUGUGUAUGUUGGAGAGUACUAUGCAGGAAUGCGUCUUCGAGCUCUGGGAUUUCACUCGGAGCGAGGUCGGACGACUGCAUGUUGCAUCGUCGGUUUACUCGAGGACUCUUGUUACCUCGUUUCUUUGGAGCAUGCAAAGGUGGAGGUGGUGCCCCUGUACCGCACAAGGUUUUUUUCUAUGACGUAUCUUUCAUUGUUUAUGUUUCCUCCGCUCAAUAUGUUUCAAAGUUUUGUUUAAAGCCCAUACAUUUCGCCGUGUGAUUCUCAUUGUUGUUCAUGUUCAUCCAUUUGCGGCGCUGCUGGCAACGCCACCGUUUUUCGUUCCCAACAUUGGUACGCUGGCGUACCUGUGCCAUUCCUAUUUUUGCAUAUACACCGAAAUCAUCACAUACACUCGUGUGCUUCGUCCCAAGCAGCGAGGGUGCAUUGCUCAGCAUAUUUUAAAGAACAAUUUUCUCAGUUUUGUCUACGGGCUCUCUUUGUUGGGCAAAUGGCGAUUGUACCGGGUGUUUUGCCACAGUGUCCCUGAUGACCAUCACGUGCCCCUAUCAUACCUCAAAGCACACAGUGAUGUUCAAAUAUCUGUGAUGAAGUUGUGUAUAUGACGUUUUUUGACCUCUCAGUAAAGCUUUGUUUUUUUCAUCCAAAA